ACAACACACAACCCCACCCCUUCUUUCUCAUCUCAUCUGUCAGUAGACCCAAAAUUUUGAAUUAAAAAUCCCCACCUCCCUAAAACACUCUCUCUUCAUGGCGGCCAAUUAACCCUUUAUCAAUUAAUUCAAUAUUUAUUUACACGCCGAGCUGUAGGCCGUAUAUAUACACACAGACACCAAUAGCCAAUUUUUAUAAAGUUGUCGGUGCUUUUGGAUUUAUCUUUUCGUCUUCCGGUUACCCAUUUUCUCUAUUCUCUCUACUCUUUUUCUUUUUCCAAUCGGUGGAACAGAGAUCGAUGGAGGCUAGAGGAGGAGGAGGGCCGUGUAAUACUUCAACCGGCAAGAAGAAGACCGAUCAGAAGUCGUACAAGGGGAUACGGAUGAGGAAGUGGGGGAAGUGGGUGGCGGAGAUUAGGGAGCCGAAUAAGCGGUCGAGAAUUUGGCUAGGUUCUUAUUCUACGCCGGUUGCCGCAGCCCGAGCGUACGACACCGCCGUGUAUUACCUCCGUGGGCCAUCGGCGAGGCUGAAUUUCCCGGAAUUAUUGGCGUCCGAUGGGCUGCUGGGUGAGUUAUCUGCGGCGUCGAUUCGGAAAAAAGCGAUAGAAGUUGGGGCGAGAGUGGAUGCAGAGACAAGUUGUAAGUCGUUGCAUAUGAGUGGUACGCAGGAACCGACUUUUGAACUGAAGCCGUGUAGUUGUGGGUUUCGGGAGAAACCCGACUUGAACAAAGAACCCGAACCCGAAGACCCAGAUGGGGAUUAUUCGUGAGGGGUAUAACUGUCGGGGUAAUUUAGUAAUUUGCUGUAUGAAGACCCUUUUAUUUUCCUUUGUUUUAGUUUUCUCUCAUGUAUUAUCUAUUUCUAUCUUGGAAACAGAUGAAACAAGUUUUGAGGUUUACAAGGAAAAUAUUGUAUA